UGUUCAGAGCACAGCUGUAGUUGGACAGCUAAAAUAUAGUAGCACAUAAAGACGUGACAGACAAAGACGUGCAGUAAAGAAAUCACCAGUUUGCACAUCACAGCAGGGAUUCAACUAGCAGGAAUGCAACUCAGAAGUCACAUCAUCAGGAUUUGGCUGUUUGUGGGAACUUGGUGCCUGAUGGUGGAAAGAUCUGGAGUAGCAUGUGCUCGCUGUGACGGAUAUAUGGCAUAUAACAACAAAACAUGCUGCUCGCCAUGUGAAAGCAAAUCUGAGAAAAUCAACCCAUGCGAAAACAAACAGGUUCGGGAAGAGGUGUGUCGAUGCGACAAAGAUUUUGCUUGUGAUAGCAAGGACUGUAAUUCAUGCAUAUAUCUGACUCCAUGCAGUGCUACACAGAGGACAGGUGAUACAAUCUAUGAAUACACUUGUCCAACAAAAAGCACGACACCAAUAGCCACUGUAUAUUCCACUGAGAAGACAACAAAGAAUCCAGAGAAAAGAGAUAAAGUUCAUGAAAUCACUCUCUACCUCAUGUUAGUGAUCUCCAUCCUGGUUUUAUUGUCUGUUAUCUUUCAUAUAUUUAUAUGGAAAGCCAAAUCAAGACUACAUAAGAAACAUACAGAUCUUAAUCAGAUCCCUCAAUCAACUGUGAUAAUGAAUCCAAAGGAAGACAUUGAUACUUCAAGCUGCCAGUUUCCAGAGGAGGAACAUGGGGAAAAUACACUGGAUAAAGACUCCAUGCACUAUUUUUUAAACUUUGAAUGCUAAACAUAUUUCUUAGUAUUUUAGGCACCAGUUUUGACAUGAGUAUAAAAAAAGAAGCAUAAGGAAGAAAACAAUGUAUUUUGCCAAAAGAGUAACUGGUAUAAAUGGUAGAUGGAUAUUUAAGGAUUCCGAAAUCUCUUGCAAACUUGCAUAUGACUUGGCAAACAAAGUAAGAAUUUCUGCUUUGCUGGGAGUCUGAAAUACAAUGAAAAAUAUCAAAAUAUGCCUGAUCUGCUAUUAACACUGCAUCCAAAACACUGCCUGACAACCUGAAAGUUGACUCAUUUUCAAUAUUAGAACCUUUAAGUAAAGUAGAACCUCUAAUGUGCUGCAAAUCUUCAUGUGGAAAAACUUAUGGUGACAAAUCUGAAAUAAGCAUGCAAUUUGAAGUUUUUCAUGAAGUCUUUUCACCUUACAAGAAAUUUUCAUGAUGAUUUAUGAUAAAUAGGAAGAAAAAGUGCAGAUUUGGUCAGAUUUGGGUGGAGAUUUUUUCAAAAAAUUGUGAAACCGUUUCGGAUUCUGAUAAAUAUUUGUGCAAUUUGCACAUACAUGUCUGCUAUAUCAAAAUACAGAAUAUAUGUUUAUAUUGAUAGAGUUUAUACAGAUCAUAAGUUAAUAAAUUCCUGCCUAAACACAAAUGGGUAAUUAGUUGGCAUGGCAGGUUCAUUAGAUUUUGGUAACAAAGCCUGUUAUGGGGCUUAGAGGGCUAGACCUACGCAAACUGGACUCUUUGUUCUUGUGAUAGUUUAAGGUUGAAUAUUAAUGUAUAGAGGGGAUGGCUGCCUCUUUUUAUAAAUGUGAAUCAGUUUGUGGACUAGCAUUUUAAAUCCUGGAAAAAAAUUAUAAAAUAUUAUAAUUUAAAGCUAGUAUCUUUAUGGAAACUAAUUCUAAAUUAUCAUUUGCAUC